AUGUCUUUCAACCAAGCCACAAAUGGGGCUCAAAACAUGGAUGGUGAUUUGAACCAAUCGAAAGCAGUUGUGCCACCAUUGCCUUUUGAUACUUUUACUUUCGCUGAAGACUUAGUGAGCGAAAUCACCUACGCUAUGAAUUUGUUGACUUCGCAUAUCUUUGCGUUGUACUCGAUUGGAGAGUUUAGACUUUUCAACGAGCUUUCAAGCAUCUAUCACAAGUUAGAUGAGGUUAGAAUGAAGUUGACUGAUAGCUUUUUAACUUUCUACGAAGUUUGCGUCUCAAAGGAAACUGCGACGUUUUUGUUAAGUCUGAUUCCCAAGAAGUUGGCGUCCAAGACCGCAAGACUCAACGAAAAGAGCUACGAUUUGGACAACAAGUACACAGACAUCUCUGGGUACAAAGCAAUUCUUGCACGUGACGCCUUUGAUGGGUCGUUAUUGAAUUUGAAAAAUGCUGAAGCUUCGCAAUUAGCCUUCAACCAAGUGUUGGGAGCUUUGUCCCCCAAGUUCCCCAUAAAUGCUCAUAAUAGCCCUGAGACCUAUUCAUUAAAGCCUUCUCCAAAUGAAAAGCUUUUUCAUGAACCCCCAUCCCACCUUUUGGUCGAUUUCAAGUCUGUCAGUGGAUCUUCGAGCUACCAACCACCUGGGUUCGCAGGUAUGAUUGCGUAUUUGUAUGUGAGAAAUCAGAAGAAAAGAUUGACUGAAGCGUUCGCUGUUCACACGGAUACUGUGGAUGAACUUGUCUCCGUUGAGAAGAUCAGUGCCGCAUUGUUCAGAAACAUUCCAGCCAGUGAAGUAGAAAACAAUAGAGUUUACUUGGUUGCUGUCUUGACGGAGGAAAUUAACUUGCCUACUAAGGAUCUGUCUAGCCCACAAAUUAAAUGUGUCAAGAAAGGUGUCGCUGCUGGUGUUGCAGACAUCACCAGAGUUUUCUCAAGAAAUCACGGCUCUUUGGCUCAGGGAGAACCUCAUCAGUUCUCGAUCAAAUUGUUUGGAUCAUAUGUCCUGAAGAGGAAGGCAGUCGACACUCAUAAGAUCGAGAACAAUGGUUGGGGAGAAGUUGUGGACCGGAUUAUCAGUGGGUCAAAUGUUGGAGUUGCAAUCAAUCCGAGAGCGGAGAAAUUGGUGGUCAACAUCAUGGAGUUCAAGCAUCAGCUUAGUGAGAGUGCUGAUGUUUCCGCACUGGAAGUGAACUUCGAUCCUACAAAUGCCUCUGCUACCAGGACGGCCCCCAUUGCGGAAAUUAAGCCUAUUUUCUUUGAUCCAUUGGCUGAAAACUAUGAGCGCAUUUAUUUAAAGGUGGGUAAAAUCAAUCUUUCAACCAACGUUAACAAGGAGGAUUUGGUUACUAUUGAAGUAAGUGCACCAAACAAUCCCUCAAUUACUUUUGCUAAAGCCUCAAACCAGAUUGAAGAUACUACCUGGCAGUUCAUUUCUAUCUAUUCGGGUGAAGUUGUUGGCGAGAUCGUUAAAGUCAAUGGUAUUAGCAACAAGAACCCGAAUAGGAAGGCUCUAAAGCAGGAUGCCAUUUUGUUAUCCUUGUAUGUUAACGGUGUUUUGUGUGGCCAGGGUGAGGUAAUGUACAGAUCAGGAAACAAAUUGAUCGAGUUCAAUCAGAAAAGUUUCUACACUUUGAACAUUAACUCUCCUUCUCAUAAAAACCCUGUUGCUCAGGUUGAGAUUCAUACAGAGUACAUUGGCAAAGUCUUCAACGUCGAAGCUUGUAUGGAGAAUAUUUUCCAAUACAAACGGUUCUUCAAAGCUGGUCAAAUUGGGUUAGAUGAGCUAAGCAAGGCCUUAUUUGAAUUCUGCAGAAUAGACAUUUCUACCUUGGUGAGAUUUUUCCCCGAGUUAUUGUCUUCCAUUUUCAAGAUUUGUGAUAUAUGCUUCAGCAAUUCAACUGAUCCACAUUAUGAAAUUAUGUUGGACAAUUCUUUCAAAGCUAUAGUACAUUUGCUUGACACUCUUUUUGGAAAGCAAGACCAAUACUUGUACAUGUUUGACAGAUUCCUUACCGAGAAUAACAACUCUUCUGCUGUUGGUGUUUUCUUAUUAAACAAGUUGACGGAGAUAUUUGUGAGAGCUCAGUCGAAUUGGAAUGCAACUUCAAGAUCAGUUUGCCGGAUCAUAGUUCUUAUUGUGAAACUCGCACUUGACCUGGCUAAGAACACAAAUGAUCUGAAGCCCUAUCUCGCAGCUAUUUCCUCCUUGUUUAAGUCAACUUCUUUCUUCGUCUCUAUUGAAUCAUCUAAUCUCAUUGAAGAUCAGAUUAUGGUGGUUGAAAUCGUGGAUUAUGUUCUCUUUUAUGAGCAGUACUUUGAUGACCAAGAGAUUUUGAAACCGGUCGUUUCUUUUAUUGAGUCCAUCGGCACAAGGGGCCUUGGCGCUGACGAAGAGUCCAACCAAACCAAAAAUGCGUCUUUACUCACCAAAGACCAUAGGUUGAUAAUGAAGAAAUUGUUAGUAAUUCACAGAUUGUUUAGUACAAAGCUUUCUCAAAGGGUUGAAAACUUCAAAUUGUUGAUAUCCAAAAGUGUGAAUUGGGCAAUGGACGUGCUUUUAGGUCCAUUAGAUAUUGAUGCCACAAGAUUGGCAUGCUCCAUUUUGAACUGCGUUUGCAGUUCUUUGUGGAAUAACAUCAAUAAUGACUUUGUUAAGCCAAUCUGUUUCUCUCUUUCGAAAUUCUUGAUGGCAAUUUCCAGAACAUUUAUCAAGUACAACAAAUUCACAAGAGGAAUGGAGUACUUUAAGCCGAAAAAAUCGUUCACAGCUAUAUUCCAAAAAGAUUACCCGUUCAGAGAAAUAGUUAUUGACAAUAUAGUCGGCGAGGAAGUUCUUGUUGAAGUUCUUGUUGAAUUGGCAACUAUCUUCGUUUACAUUGCAAAGAUAGGUAUCACCUCCGCCGGCAUGGAUGGUUUCUAUUUGAUUAACAAUACAGAAAUUGAGGAUGACUUCUUCGACCCAGUGAAGUGUACUUCCAAUAAUGGCCUCAAUGAAGACCUCCUCACUGUUUUAUCAGGUAUUCAACUCAUCAGGCAAGGUAAGUUCUUCCCAGAAGAUAAAUGGUUGUCUCUCUACGCUAUGUUGGCAGAGGGCUGCUUACUGGCUUUGGAAUUAGUGAGACCACUCAUGAUCGCUCAUUUCAUUCCAGUGGUGGAUAACCCUGAUUUGUUCGAUAGAUCUCUCUGGGGUAAUUUCUUGAGAGCAUUAUUAAAACUAGGAUCACUUGCUCCUGUUUCUAUCGAGCAUUUGUCAACUGUUCCCAGAAAAGCCUGUUACCAAAUUACCGGCACAAUGCGAGACCGUAUUUCAUCAAUACUUAACGAAGCAUGGGACAGUUUAGCUUGGGAUUCCACUGAAGAAGACAUUGUGAGAUUUCAUCUCACUAAAUUUGGAGGUUACCAAGUUGAAUUCAUCAGUAGUGACUUCGCAAUUCUUCAAGAUUUGAUGCUCUUUGCUUUACAGAGAAAUCCAAACUGUCAGGAAGUUGCUGUGAAAAUGCUCUGGUCUAUUCUUGUAUCUGAAUUUAUUUUGAGUGAUGGUAUUGUCGAUGUGGAAAGGGAAUGUCUCGUUGGUUUGCAUGAAAUUUAUUAUAGAACUGCUUACAAGCCGGGAAGAAACGAGCAAAACAGCUUCAUAGAGCGAAUUAAGUCCACAAUAAGAUUAGACAUUGAGGAUGUUGUCUAUUCUACGAUUAUGCAAUUUAUUUCCAACUUAUCGAACUUUAUGGAAGUUUUGAAUGACUUAAACAAUGUUCCAGUUGGUCCAGAGUUUGAGGAUGACCGCACAUUCCAUAAAUUGAACAUCAAAGCUUACUUGAAAAACGCAAACAAAUCCGAGCUCUUGUACUCUUUCAUCAAUCAGAUGUAUGAGGAUAACUUGAAAAAGCCCAAUUAUGUGCAAGCUGCAUUGUGCUUAGAAUUGUUGGCAUCGACGAUAGAGUGGGAUCACUACACUGAAUUACCCCAAUCCUACAGACCUAAAUUCCCCAAACAGUCUGCAUUUGAGCGGAAGGAAGAUUUGUUGAAGAUGAUUGCUCAGAACUAUAUUAAGGGUAACAGCUUAGAGAGGGCUACAGACACAUACAAUGAAUUAUUGGAAGCCUAUAGUCAGCACACAUAUGAUUUGAAAUCUUUUGCCUACGUGCAUCAGAAGUUGGCUAGACUCUACUUGGAUAUGGAGUCUUCAGAUAAGUUGAGCCCAUCGUAUUUCCGAGUAGCUUAUAUUGGUGCUGGAUUCCCAGUCAAUAUAAGAGGAAAGGAACAAAUCUUCGAGGGACUUCCAUUCGAACACAUUACUUCUAUUCACGAGCGCUUACUCAAGUUGUAUCCUGGAGCUAGAAUUGUCACCGAUGAUGAACAGGCUCGUGAACUCAAGGCUCGAGUGCAGACUGGAAGAUACUUGCAUGUUAAUGUGGUUGAACCAGUGAAUGAAAUCUCUGACAAAUUGUUGAACACGUCUGUUGGUGUACGUCAUUACGCUAGAAACAAAAACUUGAGACAUUUUUCCACUGUGAAGAAGAUACCAGGGUCAUCUUCUGUGUUUGACUUGUGGACAGAAGAAGUCACAUAUGAGACGCAACUUUCGUUCCCAACAUUGAUGAAUCGGAGUGAUAUUAAGAGCACGAACGUGGUUCGUCUUUCGCCAUUGGACAAUGCUGUACGUACCAUUCUCAACAAGAUUAACGACUUGGUUCAAUUGGAGAGUAUGAUCAACAUUGCUUACAAAGAAAAAACGGAUUACUCAUCGUUACUUCAUGACUUGAGCAGAGAGUUGACAGGAACAGUGAAUGCGCCUGUGAAUGGCGGAAUCGGGCAAUACCGCACCUUUUUCUUGGAUCCUCGUUAUGAUGGCAAAUCAGACUAUGCGUAUAACAUCAGAUUGUUGAGAAACUCAUUUUACGACUUGACUAAAGUCUUGAACCGUUGUUUACAUUUACACGGUAAAUUGAUUGGAUAUGGUAUGAAAAACUCCCAAGAAGCAUUGGUUGAUUUAUUCAAGCGCAAUUUCAAAGAGGAAAUUGAUGCAUUAAAAAUAAACACCGACUACGAGCAUAACGCUUAUAACCACAGCACCAACUAUUCUAAUACAGUCAAGGAGAAAAAAGCUGGCAGCUCCAUGACUGGUUCUGAAAGCACCAUGUCAAUGUCAACGGGCGCCGGUACAGGUUUGCAUAGAACACUGAGCAAAGGCUCUAAAACGUCUUCCAACUCCGAUUCUACAAACUUUUCUGACCCUAGUCUCAAUACUUUCGGUACUCUUAGUCGCAAGUACAAACGGACAGCAUUGAACUGGAGAAAAAUUCGUUAG